AUGUGGUGUAGUACUGAGUACGGAGUGGUAGAGCGGUACCUGGCACGAUAUGUCGCUGGGAACAAAGCGUUCAAAGUUUGCAAAGAGUACUUAUUUACAUCCAGCACAGCAAGUACUAGCAGCUGUCUUACGGUGAGGGAAACCGUUGAGGGUCGGAAGAGCGGCAGGCCGAGCAGCUCUUGCGUUUACUUAUUGAAUUUUGUCGAUCGCUACUCGGGCCAGGUGCCAUUUCGUUCUCUUUCGACGACACACUUUAAAAAGGCCUUGAAUUUUAGUUCUUACCUCUGCUACCCUAGAUAG